AAUAUUGUGUAUAAUAGAUAGAAUAAUUAUUUUGAUAUUAUAUGUUUUUCUAAUUUACCACAGCCACUUCUUAUAUUCCCUGAACAUCAUUCAACAUUCUAAAGUAUUUAUGUAUAAAAACAAUAAACUGUAUAGAAAUAUUUGUAGGUUAUUGUCGAUAAUUCGUAAACAAAUAAUUCGCCGUCGUUGUCAGCCCGACACAUUUGCCGUGCCAUUAUUCGAAAAAAAUAAUUUACUUAAUCGAUUAGACUUCACAUCAAACUAAAUGUAUUUUUAUGCCGUAUCAAACAAAAACUUUACGACGAUCGCCUAAGAUGGCCAUGUUGAAGAUUCAAGACAGACGCCAAUACUGCAAACUACAAAUGCAUUUGUGUUUAUUCCGAGCACACAUGUAAAUGAUAAAAGCAGUGGUAUGAGGAAAUAAGGAUUAUAAUAAUUCACUAUUUGUAUAUCCAAGUUUUUUUGAUGAUUUCAUGGAUUAGAGAGCAAUUUACAGAAUCUGGGAAUAGCAGGAAGAAUUCAAGGAGUGCUAAAAAGCCCUCCUUGAAUGGUUCUUCCAAAGAAAUCAAAGGAAUGCAAACAUCUACAGCAUCAGAAGGUUUUCUUAUUAAAGUUGUUAGUCUGGAAGGGGAUGUUUUGAAUGUUGCUGUGACACAGGAAUUUAUGAUUCACAAAGUUAAAUCGAUAGCUACGGAACAUUUUUAUGGACAUGACAAAACUGCGGGAGUUUUUCAAUUUCGCUUGAUACAUGCAACAGUUUUGAAAUCACUUGACGAUGAAAAAACUUUAAAGGAUGAAGCAAUUUCAGAAUCCGAUGAACUGUUAUUAGUUAAAAUUAGAGAUCAUUCUGAGCAAUUAAAUUCGUCAGAAGAUAAUUUAAAAGCACCAACCGAAGAAAUCAUAAUGAAUGCGACAAAAGAGUUACCAGUUAAAAAUGCGCCAAAGCCGGCAAUAAAUUCCGAUUGUCCUGAAGAUUUUCAGAAUGAAAUUCGUAAAAUCUUCAUCACACUUGUACAAACAUCUGCAAAAAUUCUUAUGUACAGUCCAGAUGCUCAAAAAUUUUAUGAAAUUAUUAAAGAUAAAUUAGAAGAACAAUUAAAGCCACCUAACGAUCCAAAGGCUGUGAAGUAUUUAGUAGAAAUGGGCUUUUCAGAAGUUAAAGUAACAAAGGCACUUCAACUUAAAAAAAUGAAUACAGCAGAGGCGUUGGAAUGGCUGUUCGAACAUCAAGAUGAUUCCGAUAACGAUGAGGAUAUACCAACUUUAGAAACAAUAUUAGAUGCGGAUGCCGGUCCUAGUUCAUCAGGUACAAUAAAAAAAGCAAAGAAGAACUCUAUUAGAGAGACUAUCCAUAAGCUUUUUAAAAAACAUAAUGAAUCGGAGAAAAAAGAACCAAAUCUUGUUCAUAUUGUUAAUCUACUAUUAAAUAGUUUUCGACAAUAUCAAAAAAUGGAUUUUAAGCCCAGUUCGUCAUUAGUUCAAUCUUUGGAAGAAAUGGGUUUUGAAAAGCCAAAGAUUUUAGAAACACUUAAAAUUACAGGCAAUAAUCAGGCAAAUGCAUGUGCAUGGUUACUGGGAGAAAGAAGAGCGAGUUUAGAAAAUUUGUACGAUGGCAUGGACCCUGAUGGACCUAUUUACAAUGCAAUAAUGAAUAAUCCUCAAAUUCAACUGAGUCUCACAGAUCCAAAAAUGUUAAUUGCUUAUUUAUCGAUGCUAGAAACGUCUAAAUCAACAAGUAUAUGGAUGAAGGAUCCGCAAGUUUCGCCAAUACUUAGCCAAAUAUUUAAAACGUAUCACGCCGAAAAGCACGCGAUUCUUUUGAAUCGUUAUAAUAGCAGCUAACGUUUUCUCUAUUGCUCUUGUGUUUGUAUGAAUCUACAUUUUGAUAUGAAAUUAUAAAGAUUAACUUUA